UUUAUUCUAUAACUUCUGCAACUGAUUUCUGUUCAUCUUUUUUGUGGCAAAAGUUUGGAGGAACUGGAUUUUCUUCCAUUUAAUUCAAUUUUUAUAAUUCCCUUUUCAUAAAUUUGUCAUCUUUGUACGUUUUCCUGAGAUGGGUAUUUGUCAUUUUCAUGGAAUCCUUGGAUUUUGAUUGAAGAAAUCUCAUAAUUUGGUUGAAAACUGUUGUUUAUCUGCCACCAGAGAGUUGUUAUUUGGUGAAAUUCUCUGGUUUUUGGUGAAGGGUUGAUCAUAAUUUUGUUGGAAGUGUUUGAAUUAUGUGCCAAAGAAUUGUGGGGUCUCUUCGCACUACAAAGCUUAAUUAGCCAAGCCAUAGAAAGAAGGCCAAAACCUAUUAUCAUUUAAAAUUUUGGUCAUAUAUAUGCUGCUACUUGAAGAAUAAGGAUGAAAAAACUUUUCUUUCCCAAAUCUUCUUCAUCACAUGGAGCCGAAGGAGGUGAACAGCGUCAGAAGUCUCCAGCAACAAGAGAUAAGAAACAGUCCUCACAAAUGCGAUGGAAGACAAUGGGUUCGGGAAAUUUGGAGAAUAAGGUCAGAAAUUCUGAGCACAGCAUCCCUAUCUGUGAGGGAAAAGUUACUGAGAAAAAGACCAUAUCACAGACAAGGAGUAACUUAGUUCUUAGGAGAAGUCGGAGUUUUCAGAUGUCAUCAGCAGCAGACAAUAGCGGUAGGUUCAGUGAACAAGAUCUUACCGGGUUGAGGGAUUGGAAAAAUAUUCCACCAAGGCAUAGAAGACGUGAUAUUUCUGAUUGUGAUUAUCAGUUCAACAAAGGCGAUUCUAAGCCCAAAGGGUUUAAUGUAGCUACUGUUAAGAUGUCUCGCGCAGAAGUCUUACAGGACCAUGCUUGCUCCUGCCCAUCUGAUUCAAGUUCACCUCAGAGUUCCUUUGUUUCAACUUCUAUUCCAGGAAAAGUGCUAGACCUCUACAUAGAUGGUGAGCAGCAUCAAGAAAUGAAGCUUGGAACCAGUGAUUAUUACCCUAGAAGUUCCAAAGAGAGUAACUUGUUUUUCCUUUCUAGAAAUUACUCUUUAAAGUCCGAAAAUCAACCUGAGUCUCCAAGAAAGAUUGCAAAGGAUGUGGUUGAAAGACUUCUGAGGAUAGAACAAUUAUGUGACCCAAAAAGUCAUGGAGAUACUUGCCCCAAUUGGGUAGAGAUGCCAACAACUGUAUGUGACAAGCAAUCAGAUCGGCAAUGUUAUGAUCCUACCCGAGUUGAUAUCCUUGACAAGCAUUUGGAUGGGCAAAGUUCUACUUUGUUAUCUGAAGAAAAGGAGGAUCAAGCUGCUUUAGCAUUGCAGAGGAAAUUAGAGGAAGUUAAAGAAAGAACGCGACUACUCUCUGAGCAGCUUGCUGAAGGUAGAUCAUUUCAGUAUUACAGUGAUGAGAAUGUUAGAAACCUAGUUGAAGAGAAAAGGAGUUUGGUGCUUGAAAUCUAUGAUCAAUUACAGUGUCGGAUUGCUGAAAAGGUUGCUGCUAAAGAAGCAGUGUCAUUGUUGAAGGGAGAGAUGAACUCGACGAUAGUGAAACUGGAGAGAGAUAAGGAUGAUGUGAAAUCUAGAUUACAGAAGGAGCUGGAUAGAAGGUCUGAUGAAUGGGAAGAUAAGCUUAAACAAUUUCAGUCAGAAGAGCAUCGAUUAAGAGACAGAGUAAUGGAACUUGCAGAAAAAAACGUGUCUCUUCAAAGAGAAAAAUCUGGUUUCCACAACAAGGAAAAAGAGUACACUGAUAGAAUAUCACACAUGCAGAUUCAUCUCAAGAAUAUAAUAGCCGAAACAGAUGAAGCUAGAUCGGAAAAUGACAGUCUGCGGGAACAGCUGUCAGAGAUUCAUUAUAAGCUGAAAGUUUCUGAAGAAGUUCAAUCUUCUAUGGAAAGAAACUACAAGGAAAAGGAUAGAGAUUAUAUUGAGUUGACCAAAGUAGUUGCAAGGCUUCGAGGGACUUGUACUGAACAAGAAAGGGCAGUUGAUGGAUUAAGGCAAUGUUUAAAUUCAGAGAACCCUACGAACAAAUUGCAAAUGGAACAACUCCGUUUGACAGGAGUUGAACAAGAUCUGAGGAGACAGUUGGAGACUUGUAUAGUUGAAACCAAUUCUCUUCGCAGUGAAAAUAUAUAUUUGUUGGAGCGAUUAAAGAAUAUGGGAAAAGUGGGUGGUUCUUCAGCUCUAAAACUAGAGCAUGAGCUGGUAUCUUAUGUUCAGUGCUUGCAGAACAUGGGCUUAUCUCUUCUAAAUGAGUGUAUCCCAAUGUGUGAUAAUCUGCUCGGUGUUCUUGAGAGAAAAACAGAUUCUGAGGGUUUUAUGGAAUCACAUUCUCUCGUUCAACAUGGUAUAAAAGUUCAGAGAUUCAGGAAAGAUUUAGAGCAGCUAACACGAAGCCUAGGAAAAACUGCUGCUGUUUUAAAGGAGAAAGCUAAUAUAGCUAGUUCUGAACCUGAGUUACCUGAUACAUCUAAUAGAGAGGCUUUGGAGGAUGAUUUAAAAUCUGAGCUAGAGGCAGAGAGGCUACUAACAAAAAUUCUGAAGGAAAAACUGUAUUUCAAAGAGAAGGAAGUAGAACAAAUGCAGGUUGAACUAGCCAGAGCACUGAGGAGUCAUGAUGUUCUGCAGAGAGAGAUCCAAGACACGUCUGAUACUGUUUCUUGUGUAAAUCAUAAAAUGAAGAAUCUUGAACUUCAGAUGAUUAAAAAGGAUGGAACCAUAAAUCAGAUUCAAGGUGACAUACGGUCAUAUGAUGAAGAGCUCACGACUAUUAGAGGAACUCUAUCGAAAGUAAGUCAAGAGAGAGAUUUCAUGUGGCAGGAGGUGAAGGGAUACAGCGAGAAAAACAUGUUGCUGAAUCAUGAAGUCGAGUCACUUAAGAAGAAGAUAGAGUGCCUAGAAGAAGAUACACUCCUCAAAGAUGGUCAGAUCUCAAUCUUGAAAGAUACUCUUAACAAUACUAAACCUUUCAAUAUUCUUUUUGAAACAGAACAUGUCAAUAAGUUCUAGCUAGCUUUGAUUGAUUGGUAGAUAAGUGUUGAUUUAUAGUCUUGUCAAAUUUGUGGUUUAAUUGGAAGGUAUCUAAGUAAUACGCACUCCCUUCAUUUUACAAUCUUCGUGCACUUUGUAAUUUGUGACCUUAUAAGUGCACGAGUAUUGUAGGACGAAGGGAGUAGUGGAUACUUUGUUUUGGAAUGAACGGUAGGAGUGACAUGAUAGGCUGUCUUGAUCGUGUGUGUUUGUAAUGAGUUCUAGCUUUGAUUAUUGGUACAAAAGCUUUAAUUUAUAGUCCAGGCGCAAGCAUUGGCAA